UUGCAGCUAUCCAUUCCAUUCCAUGCACCGUCGAUGUCUUGUUUGUGUUAACCUUCUAUCUCACAUGAAUCGAGCUGUAAUAUAGUCGGCCAAGCGUGUAAAGUGUGUUAAAAAUCGUACGUGGACGAGGACUUCUUCGUUGAGCGAGCUGAACCUAGCCUGUGACCCACUACUAGCUAUCGACAAUCACAACUACUACGAACAUGAAGGCAUUUGACUUGUAGCACUCUCGAAGACAGUGUCUAGUGUCUUGCGGAAGACUGGACAAGUGAACACGAGUUGGGUCCGGCUGGUGAUAAACUGUGCCCCGUGUGAACCUUGACCUUAGCAAAAAAAAUCGGGGUGCGAGAUUUUUUCCGAAGUCGGCUCAGGUGAUGUGUGCAAACUGCUUUCGCUUGAGAAUAAUUUAAUGUAAAUAGAGUUAAUGUUUAUUAAUAAUCCUUAUAUGUAAGACCUCGUUGCGGUGUAGUGACAUAAACACGAGUGUGUGGCAAUACGAAUUAAAAACAUUUAACUCAAUAAUGGGAUAAAACAAGUAUUUUCGCUAAACUCCAGCUCAAGCAUCCUUUUACGUUUUCGCGACACGUAGCGCUGAGUGAAGAUGUUAAAUUGCACGGAUCUAGAGUGUAUUCUUCAUCAUCAUCACUACUACGCCCACCUGCACCACCUCAAACAUGGAACACAUGUGGAAGAAGGAGCGAUGUCUACUGAGACAGAGGGAAUUAGCGAUGAGACGAUACGAGGCUUACUCAAUGACACUGAUUCGGAGUUAUCCAAUCUAUCACAUCUCGAUGCACCGAACGAGAGUCUGUACAUGAUUGGGGGAGUUUGUGUGGCCAUGUUUAUGGUGGGAGUCAUCAUAGUCCUGCUGGCUGUGACGAUUAGCAAAUUGAGGAAGCGCGAGGAGCACAGUAAUAGUGUGCACCCAGCGGACGUUGUUCUUCACCAAACGACACCAGCUGCUGCCACCCAGACGCCGACGGCCCCUCAGGCCCUGCAGCCUGAUCCCUUGGCCUACCGCGGACAGUUCCUCUGGCAAUAUCCCCCGCCUCCGCCGCAACCCUACAUGUACAACAAUGACCAGGAUACUCUUGUGCAGAAUCUUCCCACGGAGCGGCCGGGGUUCGUCCGCGGCUUCCGCAAGAAUUUGGGCGGUCGCUGGCGACGUCUCGUUAAGAGGAAGCCGCCGACAGAGGUGUAUACCAUUCCAGCCGAGCUGAAGCCUCAGCUGAAGCAGAUUUACGUUUAUUGAUGGUGUGACCUCGGCGGGGCAGCGGCCCUGGAUGCGGUCACUACCAAGACACUUCCUUCCUGCAGCUUCUCGGCGUCUGGAAGCUGAGUCGGCCUUCCUCAAUGAGACUGAUUAAUAUUAAAGUUUAGUUUAUCACUCGUAUGGAUCUUCACUCCAAUGUGACAAAGGAGCUUAGGUUUAGUUGAUAGUCGCUGUAAAUAUCAUUAGGGUUAGUCCUACUUCGCAGACUAAAUUCAAAAACGAACAUUUGUGAUUUUAUUCGAUAACUGCACGUUGCUCCCCGAUUUAUCCGGAGGGUUUGGCGUGCUGAUAUUUUAUUAGGAAAUUGUCAUGCGCUUCUCUAGAUAAAUUUACAUUAAUUUGUAGUGAUUUUUAGCUUAGUUAUAAUAUUGUGACUCAUAUUGAGUUCGGCAUUCUUGAAUGUUGUGAUUUUUAAGUAUUUUUUCUGAAUACACAUUCAUGAAUCUCCAGUUUUGCUAUCGGUCAAUAAACUUGUUCUGUAUGAAUUAUGUAGCUUAUGGGAUGAAGCAUCCGGUCUUCUCAUACUAGUCAGAUUAUUGCUAAGUAAUUGUAUCAGACGUUGAAAGGAAUAUUUUAAUAUUGCAGUAAAUUAUUUUCAGUAUUAUAAUUAAUUUAUUAUGAUAUUUAUGAUAGCACAAAUGGUUUCAAAUUGAAUGAUGAUAGCAAAUGAAAAUUAGUUACCUACAUAUCAGGCCAAUGUUCAUGUAAAUAAAGCAAUAACAAAAUACUACAAAAUAAAUUGUUACUUUUUGAA